AUGGACGAUUCGGAAGAUGAAGAAAUCGCGAGUUCAGCAGACGAGAAGGAAGAAGAAUCGAGUGGUGAUGAGAGUUCACAGGACGACGUGAAAGAACUGAGUAAUGAGGAUGAGAGUGAAGGGGAAGAUGCCGAAAAAGAUGGUGCAAGUACUCUGGAUGAUCGAAAUGGAGUUGCUGAUAAUGCGAGCGGGUCAGUUCUGUUGUUUCCGUAUUUUGGUCCUUCUCAGCAGACAUAG